AUGGAAGUAGAUUGUUCAACUCCUGUUCCUCGUCGUAUUAAACGUAAAAUAAGUGAGUCAGGUAGCGAUAAUAAUGAAAGUGAAGAAUUCAAUUUUAAUAGAGCUUGUAAAAAAGUUUCUCAGCCUGUUACUACUAAAAAAAAAAGCUCUGUAAACACAAAAAGAUUUUAUGUUUUCAUGGAAAAUGAGGUAGAAGAACAUGAAAAAUUAGAACUUAUAGGUGAAGAUUCAUUCAAUGAAGGAUGUCCUCCCGACGGCUAUGAUAACGUGAAUUAUACUAUACCAUGCCGUACACUUGAUAAUUUCAUAAUAUUUGAUGUAAACAAUAAAAAUCGAAUUGCUAGUAUUGAGGAAAUUGAUGAUCUAGGGAAGGAAUUGCAUGCCGCGGGAAUAGUAAAAGCAAUAUAUGUCGAUGAAGAUGAUGAAGAACUUAUUGAAGAUGAACUUAGUGAGGAAUUAAGACUUCCUGAUCAACAAUUUAGAACCACUACUAUAUUCCAUUUUCAAAUCGAACAACUUGAAAAUAGUAAAAGCGAAAUUUGGAUACGAACGCAAUUUGCCUUUUAUAAAUUGCUUAAACCAGCUGAAGAAUAUCUUAGAACUUUUGAACCUAUCUAUAAAAAAAUUAGAGCCGCGAAUUUAACAAUUGAAACGCUGGCUUCUAAUUCAGAAAUCACUUAUGAGAAAUUCAUUAAUCAGAUUGGUAAUGAAUUAAUAAAAAUUAAAUUAACGGAAAAAGAUAUAAUCAACAAUAUUGAUUAUAUUGCUGAAGAAAUUCAAGCUUGGAUCUCUGAACAAUCAGAAUUUGGAAUUCUUGAAUGUCCGUUACUUGAUACACUUUUUCAGAUACUAUCAAAUGGUACAUAUACAAGAACAAAAAAAGUUGGUAUGACUAAUGCUGAUAACAUUAGAACAAAAAGAAAUAUUACCAUAAAAAAUCCAAAUACAGCUGUUUUGACUAAUACAAAUCAAACAUGCGUUACACCAUUCAUACAAAAUCUUACAAAAGGUCUAUUUAAACGAAAACUGAUCACAAUUAAACAAGUAGAAGAUGCAGCAGAUGUGACUUCUGAUGAUGAAAUAGAAUGUGAUAAUAUUCCAAUAGUGAUGAUCAAACCAAUCACUCAUUGUAUUAAAUGGGAUUUUGGUGAUGUGGUAUAUGUUCGUAAUGGUGAAUCCGACGAACCACAAUUUGUAAAAGUAAUUUACAUGUAUGAGGAUUCGAAAAAGAAUAAGAUGUUUCAUUCAAGAUUCUUCAAUCAUGGAAAAGAAACAAUCCUUGAUGAAUUGGCUGGCGAUCGUGAAAUCUUUUUGUUGGACACUUGUGUUGAUGGUAAACUUGAUACUAUCCUUGGUAAGGCAUUUGUUGAAUAUCUAGAAGUUUGCAAAGAUGAAUCCUUUAUCUUCGAAAGUAAUCAAUACCAUUUUUAUAGGUAUUGGUAUGAUAAAGAAUAUGCUGUUUUUGAAGAUGUCAGACUACACGAAGAUCCAAAUAUGAAAUUCAUCUAUUGUGAUGAUAAUGAAGAAUGUCACUCAUGUGAAAGCCAUCUUACAAAAGAACACAGCGUGUAUCCCAAACAGCUUUCACCUGAUAAAUCUUUUGAUAAGGGCUUUAUAUAUAAAGACUAUGAAUAUCAUCAAUAUGAUUUCAUUUACAUUAUACCAGAAGAAAAGGAUUUACCUUAUGUUAUUGGUCAAAUAAUCGAAAUUAUCGAAGAUACAGCGAGUGUUCAAGUAACAAUCGAUAAUAUAUUUUCAACAGGAAGAAAUGCAAAUUCUAAAUCUAGUCAAAAGAACAAUACCACUAAAGUUUUAUCUAAUGAUAUUAAAUUGAUGGUACAUAUUCUUGGCCGUGUUGAUGAUUUGAGUAGUUCUUCAUCGAAACCUAAAUUUAAAUCACCUGAAGAGGCUACAUAUAAAGAUAUUGUUCAAUAUCCUAUGAUAAAAAAAGAUAGUCGUCAUCUUUAUUAUACAAAUAAAAAAUUAUUUAUUAGUGAUAUUAACAAUCUUGAGGGUGUUUGUUGGGUGCAACAUUUAGACACUAUUGAAGAUCUUGACAAGUAUAAAGAAGAAAAUGAUAGUUUUUAUGUUGAAAAAAUAUCAAAAAUCAACUCGCCAAAAAAUUCAGAUUUAUUAAAAUUGGAGCCUGAGUGUUUCUCCACAUGUUCAAUUUGUAAAGACAAACGUGAAAAACAUAAACACAAAUUGGAAAAUUUCUUUGAAUGUAUAAAUUCUCAAAAGCGAAAAUUACGAGCAAUGGAUAUCUUCUCAGGCUGUGGUGGAAUAACAAUUGGUAUGGAUAUGACAGGAAUUGUUAACACUAAAUGGGCUAUAGAAUUUGCUCCUAGCGCAGCUUUAACUUUUAAAAAUAAUAAUCCUGAUGCAAUUGUUUAUAACCAGUGUGCAAAUUUAUUACUUGAACGUACAAUUGCUGAACAUGUCAGGAAUGAAAGGCCGGAGGAAAUAUAUGAUUUUCUGAAACAAAAAGUCCCUAGUAUGCCAAGACCUGGUGAAGUUGAUUUUAUUUAUUGUGGUCCACCUUGUCAAGGAUUUAGUGGUGUGAAUCGUUAUCAAAAAGCCGACGAUAUCAAAAAUAGUCUUGUAGCAACAGCGUUGAGUUAUGUUGAUUUUUAUAGGCCUGAUUACUUUUUAUUAGAGAAUGUUCGUGGAAUGCUUUCAUUUCGUCUAGGAGGAGAGCAAGAUGGUAUUAAGAUAAAAGGAGGAAUCAAGAUGGGCGUAAUUAAAUUCAUAUUAAGAUCAUUGACUGCAUUGGGAUUCGGUGUUCAACAGGCUGGCAAUCAUGGUAUACCACAAAGUAGGCGUCGUUUAUUUAUAUGGGGAGCAAAAAGAGAUUGUUAUCUACCUGAUUUCCCACAAAUAUCAACAUGUUUUGGAAAACAAGGAUCCAUAAAUAUUUUAUUACCAAAUGGUAAAUCAUUCACUUACAACAAACGAACAAAUGGUCAUGCACCACUUCCACCAAUAACUGUAGGAGAUGCUAUCACUGAUUUACCAAAAUUUGAAUUUGUAAAUCCUAAAUUUAUUUAUAAAGAAGACGAUGAUGAUCAAGUUGCUCGUCCAUUUAAACAAAUAGCAGUUCCAGAAAAAGGUUGGGUCGGUGACAUGAAGACAAAAUAUGUGUUUGAACCAGUAUCUGAAUAUCAGAGACUAUGUCGUAAAGAUUCUGAAUUUUUAUAUAAUCAUGUAACAAGAGCCUUUAAUCCAUUGACUGUGGAACGUAUUGUUCGCAUACCAAUGUUUCCAGGUGCUGAUCACUCUAACCUUCCAGAAAAACUUAAACCUUGGUGUCUGAGUGAUCCUAAUUCGGCUGCAAGUAGACAUAAUGACUGUGAUACAUCCGAAUCAAAGGCGAAUUAUUACAGUUAG